UUUGUUGGAGACCCUCCUACCGUCCGCGCGUUACGAUUUAUAUAAUAUUAGUGUAUCAUUGUACAAAUAUCAUAUUAUAAUAUCCAAAUAGCGUGACGUGCACUUGCUCUUCUCCGUGGCUAGUGUUUAACGUGUUUUUUUCAAUUUUUACCCGUGUACUGACUGUACUGGUUACUUGUAGCUGCUAGGACAGAGUAGCUUUUCAGUACGACCGGCGUGUACCAUUUUAUUCCACCACACUACCAUCACACGAACCCGCCGCGUGACUAUGGCUGGAAGAAGCGCUUUCAACGACUUCGACAGCAGAAAUUUUAAUAAGCCAUUACCUAAUAGCCCUCCUUAUGUGGCUUAUCUUGGAAAUUUACCUCAAGGAAUAACACAAGGAGAUGUUGAAAAUCUGUUUCUUCAAAAUCAGUUACAAAUAAGAAGUGUACGGUUAGUCCAUGACAAAGAAACUGAUAUGUUCAAAGGAUUUGGAUAUGUUGAAUUUGUUACUUUAGAACAUUUGUCAGAAGCACUUCAAAUGGAAGUCUUCAUUGAAGGACAAAAAAUCAAAAUUGAUGUAGCGUCUGGAAAACGAAAUGAAAGAUCAGGAUUCGAUCGAGGUGGUAGAGGAGGUGGUGCUCCAGGAAGUUUUAACAGCAAUCCUGGUGGAAUGCGGAGUAGAUCUGAUGAUUUCACUCAAAAUCCAGGUUUUUCUGGUAAUUUCCGGAAUCAAAAUGGAGGAGGAAUGGGUGGACGAAGUAAUUUUAUGGAUCAAUCUAGUGGUAACCGUGGAGGAAUGAACAGGUAUCCAGAAGGUGGUCCAAGAGAUUUUAGUCGACCUAAUGUCCCACAAUUCCCAGGUGGAAGUCGUGGUGACCGUAGACCAGAUUUUGAAGUCUUACCUCCUCCACCAAGUGAUCCAGGCAGACCUAAAUUGACAUUGAAGCCGAGGACUAUAAAAGAACCACUGAAUCAAAUGGCUGAUACUACUCAGCAUACAAGUAUUUUUGGAGGAGCCAAACCUCGUGAAGAAAAAUCUCUUCCUGAUGUUGUGAAAAAAACAUCACCUCAUUAAUAAAAAUAAUUUAAUUUUGUGCCAGAUUAACAUUCUAAUGGACAUUGCUUUACUGUUUACAAAAUUUUAUGGUUUUUUUUUUUUUACAUUUUUUUUAUACAUAUAGCAAACAACAGGUUAUUUAUGUGUAU